AUGCCACAGGUUCAGCAGCCGACUUCCGCAGCCUUUGGGGCCCAGUACGGUAUUCCAGCUCACGCUCAGCAAGGCGGGCCAGGAAUGCAGCAGAGCUAUGGUCAACCGUCCCUUGUUGGCGGAGGCAGUGGACUGCCCAAUUAUGGCUUUGCGAAUCAAGGAGGCUUCGCUGGAAAUCAAGCAUACGCCCAGCAGAGCCCCUACGCAGCUCAUCAGGCGCAGUUGCAAGCUCAGAUCCAGGCUGCGGCCAUUGCCGCUCAGGCACAGGCGCCACCUGGUCAGCUCCAGCACCCGGCGAUGCAGCAGGCUCAGCAGCUUCAACAACAGCAGCAGCAACUUCUCAUGCAACAGCAAUACAAUCACAUGCAGCAGCAAGGCCUCCAAGCACCAGGUGGCGGCUACGGCGGAGGUUCAGCGGGAGGACAAGGCGGCAGCCCUCGAGGAAGCCCCACCAACCGCAGUCCAUCACCCAACUACCAUCGUCCUGGCCCGCCGAGCCCCGGCGGCUCCUCUUCGAUACAGCAGCGCGACAAGGACGCCGACUACGUGUACUUUGAGCGAUCCACACAGGGGAUGAGCAAGAAUACGCUGGACGCGGCGAUGGGGGCAAAGCUGAAGUUGGAGCAUUUCUACAAAGUCGCCGUCGAGCAAGCCAUCGAGCGCAGCGGGCGUCGCGUCGAAGUAGAGAAGCGUCUCGCAACGGACACUGGCCUCUCUGACGACCGUAAGAGUCGUCAACUCCAAGCCCUCGGUCGUCGCGAGUCAGGCUUCCUCCGCCUCAGAAGAACGCGCCUUGGCCUCGACGACUUCCGUACAGUCAAGGUCAUUGGCAAGGGAGCCUUUGGUGAGGUGCGUCUAGUUCAAAAGGUAGACACGGGCAAAAUCUACGCCAUGAAGACUUUACGGAAGAGUGAGAUGUUCAAGAAGGACCAGCUCGCCCACGUCCGUGCAGAGCGUGAUGUGCUCGCCGAAUCCAACUCGCCGUGGGUGGUCCAGCUCUUCUACUCGUUCCAGGACUCGGCCUACCUGUACCUCCUCAUGGAGUUCCUUCCUGGCGGCGACCUCAUGACCAUGCUGAUCAAGUAUGACACCUUCUCCGAGGACGUCACCCGCUUCUACAUGGCCGAAUGCGUCCUUGCCCUCGAAGGGAUCCACAAGCUCGGCUUCAUCCACCGAGACAUCAAACCGGACAAUAUCCUCAUCGACGCCAAGGGCCACAUCAAGCUGAGCGACUUUGGUCUCUCUACAGGAUUCCAAAAGCAACACGACUCGGCCUACUACAAGCGCCUCUUCGAAAAUGCGGCCACGGGCAAUCAGAACCCGCAGCAAGCAGGACGCAACAGCGUAGCGGUCAACUCGAUCAACCUCACCCUCUCCUCCAAGGACGCCAUCGCAACCUGGAAGGCCAACCGACGCAAGCUCGCCUACUCGACCGUCGGCACGCCAGACUACAUUGCUCCUGAAAUCUUCAUUCAGCAAGGCUAUGGUCACGAGUGUGACUGGUGGAGUUUGGGCAGCAUCAUGUUCGAGUGCCUGUGCGGCUACCCGCCCUUCUGCUCGGAGAAUGCGCACGACACGUACAAGAAGAUUCUGGCUUGGAGAGAGACGUUGCAGUUCCCCGACGACAUUCACCUGAGUGCGGAGGCGGAGGAUAUGAUUAGGAGAUUCCUCACUUCACCCGAGACCCGCCUAGGCCGCAACGGCGCGCAGGAGAUCAAGGACCAUCCUUUCUUCGCUGGCGUCGACUGGUCCACCAUCCGCAGCAUCGACGCUCCCUUCAUCCCUGCCCUCAAAUCUGCUGUAGACACAAGUUACUUUGAUUCGACUGAGCUUGAUCACAUCCCGCAAGUUCCGGAAGGAGCUGACGUCGACAACGACGCCAGGAAGGACUAUUGCUUCGUCGGCUUCACGUACAGGAGGUGGGAGCAGAGCUUCAAUUGA